GAAUUUCUCAUUUUAAAAUUUUCUUGAUUUAUAUGUAAAAACUAUAUAUUAAAGAUACAUAUUUCAACUCAUUGCAUGAGAAAAAGUAAAAGCAUGCGAAAUAGUAGAAGUUUUAUUGCUCUUUUUUGAAAAACAGAGCCCUCUUUGACCCAACACCCGAAUGGGAGGCCGGAAAAAUCUAUCGCCGCCGCCGUCCGGCAGGACAAAUCUAGCUUCAUGCAUCGUGGCCACCAUCUUCUUAAUCUUCAUAACAAUCAUCAUCCUCAUCAUUUUCUUCACCUUAUUCAAGCCCAAAACCCCCGCUAUCGCCGUCACCGCCGUCCAACUUCCAUCUUUCUCCACCACCAACACCACCGUCACCUUCACCAUCUCCCACUACAUCGCCGUCAACAACCCGAACCGCGGCGUUUUCACACACUAUGACAGCUCUCUACAACUCCUCUACGCCGGAAACCAGGUGGGGUUCAUGUUUGUUCCCUCCGGCAAGAUUGAAGCCCGUCGUACGCAGUACAUGGCUGCCACAUUUUCCGUCAAGUCUUUUCCGUUAUUGUCGGUGAUUAACCGUCAGCCGGAGGGGAUGAACGGGUUACGGAUUGGACCCAGUUUGGAGAUAGAAACUAAAAUGGAGAUGCCGGGUCGGGUCAGGGUUUUGCACUUCUUUACACACCAUGUGGAAGCUACAGCUGAGUGUAAAGUCGUUAUCGCCAUUAAUGGUGGAUCUGUUUUAGGUUUUCGCUGCUAGUUUUGUAAUAACUGUGUGUUGGAUGUAUUUUGAAGCUCAUUUUCUCUGCAAUUGUAAUAUUUUUCUUUUUAUAAAUCAAUGCAAUUGUAUAAAAGGUUUA